UCCGCUGAGAGACUAUCGUCACGGAGGAGAAAAAUAAAAGAAGACGAAGGCUAAGUUGCUCAUUUUCCUCUGUGCGAAGCUCAAGCGACCGCUAAUACACCAGCCCAACCAUGUCUAUGGACCCAAUCGACGCCACGCAAGGCAUGCCCAUCUACUGCCGGGCGGCCGUUGCCUGGGAGCCCUCGGAGCCUCUCAGCAUCGAGACCGUCGAGGUGGGAGUGCCCAGACAGGGAGAAGUGCGCGUCAAGAUCCUGCACACCGGCACGUGCCACGCCGACUCGAACACCCUCGAAGGCCUGGACCCCGAGAGGGUUUUUCCUUGCAUCUUAGGCCACGAAGGCGCCGGCAUCGUCGAGAGCGUCGGGCCCAAAGUGACGCGCUUCAAGGCCGGGGACCACGUGAUCCCUCUGUCCACGCCUCAAUGUAAGGAGUGCCGUUACUGCAAGAACCCGCGCACCAACCUGUGUUCCAAGAUCAGGACCACCCAGGGCCGAGGCUUGAUGCCGGAUGGUACGACGCGGUUCAUGUGCCAGGGCCACCGCAUCUACCACUUCAUGGGCACCAGCACCUUCAGCGAGUACACCGUGGUCUCCGAGUACUCACUCUGCAAGAUCAACAUAGCGGCACCGCUGGACAAGGUGUGGCUUCUGGCCUGCGCCGUGUCACGCGGCUACGGCGCCGCUCUGAACGCGGCCAAGAUCACCAAGGAGAGCAAAGUGGGCAUCUGGGGGCUGGGAGCGGUCGGCCUCUCAGUCGCCAUGGGAGCCAAAGAGCGAGGCGCCAAGUCCAUCAUAGGCAUCGACAUCAACGAGUCCAAGUUCCAGCGAGCCAAGGAGUUCGGCUGUACCGAGUGCCUGAACCCAAACACGCUGUCAAAGGCCGUUGUGCAGCAUCUGGCCGAGAAGACGAACGGCGGGCUCGACUUCACAUUCGAGUGCAUCGGCAACGUCCACACUAUGAGGGAGGCUCUGGAGUCGACCCACGCGGGCUGGGGAGAGUCCAUCAUCCUUGGCGUGGCGCCUACAGACAAGUUGAUCGCCACGCCGCCUUCACAGCUCACCGCCGGCAGGACUUGGCGAGGAUGCGUCUUCGGAGGCUGGAAGACUGUUGACCAGGUGCCCCAGCUCGUGGACCUCUACCUGGACAAGAAGUUGAAGUUGGACGAGCUCAUAUCGCACAAGCUGCACCUGGAGAAAAUCAACGAUGCCUUCACGCUCAUGCAAGGCGGUCUUUCUAUUCGCACCGUCAUCAGUUUUUAAGUCCCCAGCAGGAAGUGAGGCCCAUCAGUCGCGACGACCGCUGUUCCACGCCAUGGUCGUCACAUUCAAGAGCAAACAUUCUUGUCUCAAGAGUUCUACCAGGCCAAGUUAAGAAUGUUUUCUUGGACAAUUCUGGCUGUCGCUAAUAAAGAGAAUGUGCCCACAAA